UAUAAAAUCGACAAAACAGAGAGGCAGAAUUAGAAACAGCGAGCGCCCACCGUCGUCGAACGCCAGCAGCGGGAACAGAGGAGGCGGCGGGCGGAGCAAAUGGCGGAGGCCCCGAGCAAGAUGGAAUCCAUGCGGAAGUGGGUGGUCGACCACAAGCUCCGAGCCGUAGGUUGCCUGUGGCUUACCGGGAUCUCCAGCUCGAUCGCGUACAACUGGUCGCGGCCCAACAUGAAGACCAGCGUCAAGCUCAUCCACGCAAGGUUGCACGCGCAAGCUCUAACGAUCGCUGCCUUAGGUGGCUGUGCUUUAGUAGAGUACUAUGACCAGAACUACGGCUCUUCAGGACCAAAGGUGGACAAAUAUACAAGGCAUUACAUGGCACACUCGCAUAAAGAUUAAUUAUCUGCAUGGUCGGUGCUGGAUCCUGGAUUAGUUUUAGGUUCUUUCCUGAGCUCCCUGAACGGGCUCCCGGGAUUGUUCCUUUCUGUCUUCUUUAUUGCGAAACCAAAUUAUACUUGCCAGGUCCCUUCCUGAGCAGUGAGGGUGAUAUACACAAUUGCAUUUGCAUAUAUGAUCUGCAUAACUUGAAUGCAAGAUUCAUUCUGUAACAUUAUUUUGUAGGUACUUGUGUAUUCUUGAUAUAACAACAGUGUUCUGAUGUUGCACUGGGUUAUUAAUACUGUCAUGUGGUGUUGUAUGCGUC